UCACGCAUUGGCCACUUUGUUGGUUCAAGUAAAAUUGGUAACUGUAAUUCGAAAUUCUGGGGUGCUAGAAAGUAUGUUAUGGGUACGCGAACUGGUAUCAUCUGUGCCUGGAGUUAUGCAACGUGGAUGAAGAAUGCGUCCAGGAAUCUGUAUAAACUUUACUCAAACGGCACGGUCAGGGUUAAAGAUGAAGGCAUGUACUACGUGUAUGGCCAGCUCAUCGUUUACGAUAUCAAACCGACGGCAAGUGUGGGUCUCAAGGUCAGGGACCCCCGUAUGGGGAAUAGCACCAGAUUUGUUGAAAGAGAACUGACCAAGUGCAUCGAGACCGCGGGCUAUCUCAUUGGGGAGGGUGGGGUCAUCGCGGACAAGUCCGGGUCGUUCCGGACCUGCAACAUGGGCUCCCUGACAGAGCUGUACGAGGGAUCGGAGGUGUUCAUCUUCGUUCAUGUUGGAGAGGCAAGUAAUGGGGAGAAGAUUCCUGUUAAGACUUUUCAUAACGUGACAACUGCAUUCUUUGGCAUGAUCAAGUACACAUAAAUCGUUUAAUUUGACAUGUGGCCUUUUCGUUCACAGGAUGGAUGGUUCUUUUACGCGUAUCGUUAAAUACUCGGAAAAUAUGCAAUGUAUAGGUCAUUUGAAUAACUUAGUAGUUCAAUAUUAAAUUACAUCAAAAUGCCUUAAUGUGUCACCGGUGACUGAAUUGGUCGAUGAUCACUUCAAACUUAACAUCGAAGUGAUUUUGACCUCUUUUGACUGCUUUCGUCAUUUUUGCUCCGAACCGAGAGGAAAUAGUGGUCUCGCCAUAGCCUCUAUAUAGCCAAAACAAGGCUUAAACAUUAUCCGUCCUCUAUCUAUACGUGUAGCCAAAGUGUUCAGUUCUGUUAUGUAUGUAAAUGCUUUAUAAAAGUAACUUUAUCUGUAUAAGUACAAUGCAAUAUUAAUUAAA